GGCCCCGGCCCCGGCCCAGCCCGGCGGAGGAAGCCCCGGUGCCGGGAGGCUCCGAGCAGCGCCGAGCCCCGGGCCGCGCAGGGGGCAUGGCCGCUGGGAGCGCUGCGCAGGCCCUGGUGUCGUUCGAGGACGUGGCGGUCUAUUUCUCCCCGGAGGAGUGGGCGGCGUUAGCCGAAUGGCAGCGGGAGCUGUACCGGGAGGUGAUGAUGGAGAAUUACGAGCUCAUCGCCUCGCUGGGUUCUGCAGACCCCAAACCGGAAAUGAUCUGUAAAAUGGAGCGAGGGGAAGAGCCACAUGCCGCAGCUCCCCAGGGGGAGAGGGACAGAGGAAUCCUGGAUGCCCCCAGCACAGCUGGCUGGGGCAGGCGUGUCAAGGAGGAGCUGUCUGCGGAGGGCUACAACGAGCAGUGGGUGCCACACACGUCGCUGGCCGGGGGAGCCGAGGGGUUUGUGCUGGAAUAUCCUGCCCUGUGGUGCGAGGUGAAGCAGAGGGAGCUGGCGGGAGACGCCCCCCAGCAAUCCCCGGAGUGGGAGGGGAGGGACGGCGCAUUCCUGGGCGGCACGCUGGCCAUGAUCCACCCGCUGAGCGAGGGCCCCCUCAUCUGCUGCGAGUGUGGGAAGAGCUUUGAUGACGAGGCCUCGCUGAGCACCCACCAGCGCCUGCACCCAGGCGCCGGGCCCCACGAGUGCCGGGCCUGCGGGAAGAGCUUCCGCCACCGCCGCAACCUCCUGACCCACAAGAAGCGGCGGGGGAAGAGCCAGCACGCCUGCACCGAGUGCGGGAAAAGCUUCUGCCUCAAGGGCGACCUGCUGCGGCACCGGGCGGGGCACGCGGGCGAGGGCGGCCACGCCUGCAGCCUGUGCGGGGAGAGCUUCCGCCACAAGAGGAACCUGCUGGCCCACAGGAAGGAGCACGUCGGGGACAUGCCCCACCGGUGCUCUGAGUGCGGGCAGAGCUUUGGCGACCCGGCCAGCCUGGCCCAGCACGAGGCGGCGCACCGCGAGGAGAGGCCCUUCGUCUGCGCCCGCUGCGACCGCAGCUUCAGCUGGAAGGAGAGCCUGAUGAUCCACCAGCGCAGCCACCCGCAGGAGCGCUCCCACAAGUGCGCCGACUGCGGCCGCAGCUUCAGCCGCAACGGGAACCUCCUCAUGCACCAGCGGGUGCACACCGGGGAGCGGCCCUACGCCUGCCCCGAGUGCGACCGCACCUUCUGCAACAAGGCCAACCUCAUGGCCCACCGGAAGCUGCACCGGCGCUUCAAACCCUACGCCUGCGCCCAGUGCGGGAGGAGCUUCAGCUUCAAGACCAAGCUGCUGCUGCACCAGAGGGCCCACGGGGACCAGCAGUAGCCCCCGGCCGCUCUGUCUCCUGGAGGCUGCAGCCGGGCUGCGCGGGCUCUGCCCUUGCAAAGGGCCGGGGGUGAAACUCGCCCCUGGGCAGAGGGCUGGGGCGACGCCUAGGCAUUGCGUCAGCCUGGGGGUCCCCUGGGCCAUGGAGCAAGACCCCAGCCUUUGAAGGGAAAUCUGCUGUCCUGCAGAGACCUGGUGGGUCACUCGGGGGGGGGGGGGUUCUGCCGUUGCUAAGGAUGGGGGUGAAAUUCACCCCAGGGCGCAUGCGGGACUCCAGCGGUGCCGAGGCCUUGCCAGCCAGCCCUCCCCCGGGGUGAAUUUCACUGGUCGGCAGUAUAGUGCAGUGUGUCCUCAUUGUAAGGCACCAGACUGGCCCUGGGCCUGGCUGCCCUGAGAGCUACACCCCUCCUCAGAUGGCAGUCCCACGGCCCGCCUGUGGGCGUCCUGAGCCCCCCCAGUUACCCAGCCCACCCCGAGAGAUUGUUCUGACCGUCGGUCUGGCCGCCUGCUUCACCCAGGGCAGAGAAUCUCACCUGCAGCCCCCUCAGAAGGACCAUUGGGCAGUUUCUGAGAGAGGUCAGGGCACUAGCUGAAGCCUUGGGUUCAUGUCCCUGCUCUGCUACAGAUUUCUGUGUGACCUUGGGCAUGUCCCUUAGCCUCUCAGGGCCUCGCUGAAUCAUAGAAUCUCAGGGUUGGAAGGGACCUCAGGAGGUCAUCUAGUCCAACCCCCUGCCCGAGCCAUACAAUGGGGAUACCAGCCUGCCCUGCCCACGGGGGCUGGGGCGGGGAUAAAUACAGUAAAGCUUGUGAGGCCCAGAUACCAUGGGGAUGGUAGCCAGAUAAAUGGAUGGAUUGUCUGGUUCGCCCCCGGCAUAGCUCACCCCCUAUUCCCAUGGUCGAGCGUGAGGCUCCUCUAGCUGCUGUUCGUGGUGUGACUGGUUCUCCCCACUGUGGCACAUGUCACAGCAUGCUGGCUGCACUGGGUGGGACGCCCGCCCUGGUGGUUUCACCCCAGCAUCGAAGGGUUGCCCUGUAGCCGGGUCUGCUCACGUUACAACUGCAGCUGUAGAGCAGUUCAGGGUUGCCCUGCAUCGCAGCAGGGGGGUGGGAGGGGGGAGGGUUCCCCACCGGUUCUGGGGGUGGGGGAGGCAGUGAACUCUGUGGAGUUCCGGGCAGAUAUAACCCCUCCAGGCCAGGCUGCAGUAGGGAGCGAGGGGACCUAUGUUCGUAGUGGCCACCCUCCGUCAGGGAGAAACCGCACAGCGUUGUGUGUCCUGGCUCCGCACCCCCCGAACGUGCAGAGGUUUCCUGAGGCCCUGUGGAGCAGAAGCGGCCAUCUGCCUUCCAGACUUGCCCCCGGGGGCGGCCCAGCGAUGGGGGCCGGCACUGCAAGUCAGGUUGAAAUUGCUAGGACAGUUCCCAUUCUGCAUGGAGCCCAUUUCUGGCAGGCUGCCAUUUCGGCUGAGCAGCGGCGCAGUGAGAACCAAAUCUGGGCCCCCUCCACGGUGCUGGGGACACAAAUUCCUGUUUGUUUCAACGGACAGAACGUCUUGGGCACCUUGUGUCAAUCUGGCUGCAAACUGACCAUUACCUGGGGAUUCGCAAAUCCCGCCAUAGAUAGUUAUUCCCUGCUUGGGGCUCUCCACAGAACGCUAUCUGCAACCCUUCCCGCCGGCUUCUCCACUCUGGUCUCCUAGCAUGUCAGCCUAAGGAGCUACUGCCCACAACGCACAGUCAACCUGCGGAACUCCUUGCCAGGGGAUGUUGUGAAGGCCAAAACUCUUAAUGGUUCAGAAAAGAAGUAGACCAGUUCCUGGAGGAUCGGUCCAUCAAUGGCUAUUAGCCGAGAUGGUCAGGGACACAGCACCAUGCUCUGAGUGUCCCUAAACCUCCAACUGCCAGCAGCUGGGAGUGGACACCAAGGGGUGGAUCACUCAGUAAACUGCCUUGUCCUGUUCACUCCCUCUGGGGCACCUGGCACUGGCCACUGUCGGCAGACAGGAUCCUGGGCUGGAUGGACCCUUGGUCUGACCCGGCUUAGCCGUUUUGAUGUCACCCCCUGCCCCUUCUGCCCCUCCGAUGAUGCCAGCUUUGACUGCCUACGUCUCGGCUUCUCUGUCGUUCUCUCCUUGGCCUCCAACACGAUUGCAACCUCCUCCCUGGACUGAUCUCUGAGCCCCCCCCCCCCAAAAAUGUCCCUCCUCCAGGCCGGGUCAUGCCUGCAGGACCUUGGCCAGCUAACAGUGGUGAGGGGGUGGGGGCCGCUGGGUGUAGUCGCUGUGUAUUUAUUCCGUUCCCCAGCCUUUGUAUGUUUACGUGAGGGCCUGAGCUGUCAGCUCCUUGGAGCUGGGCCUGCGUCUCCCUGGCCACGUAUGUGAUGCCUUGCAGGCCGUGGCCCUGCAGUAACCCAAAUGCUGCAUUCUAACAACUGUCCUGGGCAGACUGACCCGCCGGGCUGGGGUCAGGUGCUGCGUCUCCGCGGUAGCUGUUUCCUGUUACUGGGUAACCUCAGGGUAACGAAUAAACAUGUCGGGAGUCAGAAUCAGAUGCUGACCAGUGAUAUCGGCUCAUUGAGUUCAAGCCCUGAUGGCCUCUGCGCAGUUUAAUCAUCAAUUCUUGGUUUCUAGAGCUCAAGUCAAACCAUCAGUGAGGAAGUUUUCCUGUGAAACUCACUCAGCAGCUUCCUUCCACCUGCCCUUGGACACGCUGAGGCCUCUUAUUCCCCGGGGAGGUUUAAUUCGUUAGGAACUGGCCAGUUAACGGAAACCCUCUCCGGGUGCUGGAACUCCCUUCGGGGAGCCCCGACUCCUGCCUGAGACCGAGGGUGGCCACACCGCCCUCUGCUCAGUGCGGGACACCCGGUAAAAUUACUCGUCGUCAAGUGAGUUCAGGGGCGAUCGAUCAGAGCUGUGCGGGACAAACGUUUGCAUUAACAUCGAGUUGACUGAGCCCGUUACAAAGAAAUACGGCGUAGCUGGAUUCUUCUCAUUUACGUUCUUCUCUUUAAGGCUUUAGGGUUCACACAGGAGGGGUGCCACACACACCCCUGCCCCCCCAACACACUGGGAGAGGUGCCACAGACACCCCUGCCCCCCCCCACAC